AUGUUCACCGGCAUCGUAGAAGAAAUCGGCGAAGUAACCACCCUCAACACCACCUCCCCAGACGGCGGCACAACACUAACCAUCACCCUCCCCCCCACCUCCACCCUCCUAUCCGACUGCCACCUAGGCGACUCCAUCGCCAUAAACGGCGUCUGCCUAACAGUAACAACCUUCCUCCCCCAAUCUUUCACAGUCGGCAUAGCCCCCGAAACCCUCCGCCUCACCAACCUCGGCUCCCUCACCCCCUCCUCCCGCGUCAACCUAGAGCGCGCAGUGCGCGCAGACACCCGCAUGGGAGGGCACUUUGUCCAAGGCCACGUCGACACCACCGCCACCAUCCUCUCCAAGAUCCCCGAUGGCAACGCCAUCACUUUCCGUUUUGCCCCCAAAAGUAAAGACGUUUUGAGAUAUGUGGUUUAUAAAGGGUUUAUCGCCUUGGAUGGGGCGAGUUUGACCGUUACCAAAGUCAAUGACGAGGAGGGCUGGUGGGAAGUCAUGUUGAUUGCUUAUACGCAGGAAAAGAUCGUGACGGCGGCGAAGGCCGUGGGCGAGACGGUGAAUGUCGAGGUGGACAUGACGGCAAAGUAUGUCGAGAAGAGCAUCCAGGGGUAUUUUGCUGGUAUGAUGGAGGAUGGGCAGGGGUUUCCUUGGUUGCAGAAGAUGGUUGAGAGGAUUGUUGCUCAGAGGUUUUCUUAG